AUGGCUUCUAUCUUGAAGUCGAGACUUCUUCUAUUACAUUGUACAUAUUUGUUUCUCAUGUCCAUGAUCGGCAGUGUCAUACUCUACACUAAAUCGACGCAGAUCAGUGAUCUACAAUAUGUUGACGCGUUGUUCAUGAGCUUUAGUGCCAUGACAGGGACUGGGCUGACUGUGCUGGAUCUCUCUACGUUGAACGGUCUACAGCAAGGAAUCCUACUCACGCUCUUGAUCUUGGGUCAUGCUAUUCCUAUCAAUACAGUCAUCUCUUUCCUACGCGCCCUCACCCUCCGUUCUGCGCUGAAAGAUAACUCGAACAAAAACAAACUGUGGCAGGAUAUGAUUCACAAGCCAGUAAUACAUUUACAAGAAAAGCAGACUGACAAGGAUCAUUAUACUGCUAUCCUUACCAAAAUUCUGACACCAUUGAGGACACACAUCACAGGGAGGGAAAUACACGCAGAUAUUCCAUCCCCGUCCGAGCCCGAUGUCUCUCGAGACACUCGCCAUUUCAUCAUUGUCACCGACCAGUCAUAUCCUCAUUUGACUCGGCAAUCUCAGUCUAUAAAUAAUAGUGGUCACCGACGGAGGGUCGGUGGUUUGAAAACAUGCUCUUCCUGGCUUAUAGUCAGACUAAAGGGCAUGUGGCUCCGAAUCAAAGACCUUGCGCACUGGAACGGAUCAAUUGACCCCAAUGAGCCGGGCUGGGUAGAGUACCAAGCACUCAUAAUACUAUCGGUGCUCACAAUACUCUACGCCAUCGUCUUCCUUUUUGUCGGCAUUUUGAGCAUCGGACUUUGGAUGUCAUUAUCACGCCCAGAUAUCCCACAAGCAGACGGAGUUUCUCCUCUUUGGGCAGGCGCUUUUCUAGCCACAUCUUCGUUUGUCAACAACGGGAUGUCACUUAUUGAUGCUAAUAUGGCGCCUUUCCAACUGGAGCCUGCUCCACUUCUCAUCUGCGGGUUUCUCAUCCUCACUGGAAACACGCUGUUUCCGUGCAUAUUACGGCUUGUGAUAUGGACCAUCAGAAAAAUGCUACCAGAUAAAACGAGGUGGAGGCCGUGGCAGCGACCUUUCGACUUGAUUCUUACCCAACCUCAAAGGGUGUGCACUUUUUUAUACCCUGCUAUACAUACAUGGUUUUUGCUCGGGACAGUCUUGGUACUGAAUGGUAUCAUGUGGGGGUCUUUUGAGCUUGCUUCUGUCCGCAGCAGCAAAAUCGCCACCCUCCCUUUCAAGUUCCGAGUCUUGGACGGCCUUUUCCAAUCUUCUGCUGUGCGGGGUGGUGGAUUUUCCGUCGUGACAUUCGAGAAGCUGCCACAAGGACUGCUCACUAUCUAUCCAGCUGCGGUCCUUAGAAGCAGAAAUUCCGACGAGAAUGAACUGAAAAAGAUCCCAUGCAUCGAAGCUGGUAAAUCAGACUGCUCGUCUCCACUCAGCGGUUCAAAAAACUCGAUACUUGCCCGCGGUCAGUCCUAUAUUCAGCACUUCCGCGUUCAUUUAAGCUACGAUGUAUGGUGGCUAAGUCUUGCCGUUCUUAUCGUCUGUGUUGCCGAGUCAGAUCAUUAUGAUUCGCAACCCUUGGCCUUUUCUACUUUCAACAUCAUUUUCGAGGUUGUAUCCGCAUACAGCUACGUAGGUGUUAGUGUUGGAUACCCCGGCAAAAACUACUCUUUCUGCGGGGAAUGGACCCCAUUCAGCAAAGUCUUGCUGAUAUUCAUCUCUUUUAUUGGCCGACAUCGCGAUCUGUUCGCUUCAAUUGGGAAUUCCACAUGGCUGACUGGUUUUGGGGAAGUGGCUGAUGAAGACAUGAAGCUUCAAGAGAAAGAUGCUGAACAUAUCUCGUCUGCGACUGUCCGGCUCUAUUGA